AUGGGGGUGCCGAGGAUUGACUAUGACGGCGCGGACAAAAGUCAAAUUGAGGCAUUUGGCCGAGAUCAUCCCGAUCAUCCACGGGUCCCCAGACCGGUCUCAGCCACGAUCAUGAGAGAUCCAGAGAGAUCUAGAGAGAAGAGGCGCGGAGAUGAGGCCAGACGCGGGCUGGUGCAGACAGAAGAGUGGGAAAAGAGGCCGGGAACGGCCAGCCAGACUCGCGUGGCCGGCGGGCCAGAUCUCCCACUUGUCUUGCCCUGUGUUGGUCCUGUGAGUCCGGGGUUGCUGGGUACCCGAACCGAAAAUUCCAGCAAAGCUCCGGCCAUUCAGCGGGCUCAGCCACGCUUUGCUCGUGGGUGGCAACCAUGGAUUGCCAUCCUCCCCAGGAUGAAUCCCCGAGAUAUGCCCGCUCCUAGUCGAGUAGCAAUUGCAAGCGAGAAAUGGUUUGAUUGCUGGGAGGUUGCGACGCUGAUGGGAAGGGAUCGACCGUCGAUGUUGAUGGAAGGUUCAGUGCAUGUCUAUCACCCAUGGACAUAG